CUCAAAAGAAGUAUCUGGAUUGACGGACGACUUCGGAUAGCAACCGUGAUUAGGGUCACAUCAUUUUGUAGGAAUUACUUCUAGGGCAAACGCCGGCGAGGAAGCAUAACGGUUCAGCGCCAACCUUGUAUAUAGUGUACACAUCAUGAACAGUGAAGCGGCGGAUGACCCGGCAGUGGCCAACGCUGCAAACUGGCUCCGGCUCAUUUUUCACGCGCUUACGUGCAGCAAUCCAGCGUGUGUUCUGGGGGAGCGCUGCUCAGGUGGAAAGCACCUACUGUCGCACAUCCUCACCUGCUCCAGCCCGGGCGCCUGCACAGCAGCAGUUCCCUCUUGCACAUCUGUCCGACGACUGACGCUACACUGGCUAGAGUGCCAGGAGCCAAACUGUCACCUCUGCGCUGGUGUCUGGCGAGACCUAUCAGGCUACCAGGAGCAGCAUGAGGGGCAUGGUCGUCUCUCGCCCGAAGCUCAGGACCACGAGUUGGACACAGCUCCUCCAGAGCAACCAGGCACGCCUAAACGCGAGGAGUCGCCUGAAGCAGUGCAUGUCGACUUCCAUUCCGGCGCCGUUGCUGGCAACGCUUACGGUCACAACGCUGCUUCUGCUGCCAUCGCUUCUGCGGGCGCCACGAUGCCGGCAAGUUCGGCCAAUCGCGCUGUCCUGCAGCUGCAGGAGGCAACGUCGUACAUGCGCUACCUGCUGCACACCCUGAUGCGCAAGCAAUACUCCGGGGACGCGGCGUCUCGUGUCGCGGGCCGCACGUUUUGGCUGGACGUGCUCCGUGCACCCGCCCUGGACGUGCUCCGUGCACCCGCCCUGGACGUGCUCCGUGCACCCCCCCUGCACCCGCAACAGCCGCAGCAACAGCGUCAGCUCCCGCAGCGGAUGGCCGCGGCGGACGGCGGCAUGGGCGCAGCAAUGGAGGCAGCAGAUGCUGCCGGUGCCGGUGCCGGUGCGGGGGGAGAGGCCUACCUGGAGCCGCCCUCAGCCGCUCCCACCCAGGCUGGCCGCCGGCUGGUGAUGCACCGCCUCACGUGCAGGAACCCCUACUGCGCGCUGUGUGCGGGCACCUGCGAGCUCUUCACCCGCGGACAUGCGCUGAGGAGCGAGCUGCGGGCGCCCAACACCAUGAGGGACAUGGACAACAUCGUGCAGGAGCUGAGUAUGGCCCUCGGUUCCAUCAAUCUGUGAGCUUGCUUGCUUCGGUUCGACGUGACUGCCCUGCUACGGCUGUCAACUCAGCAGUCCAACCUCUCUCCUCUCCGAGUGUUUGCCAGGAGUUCGCUUUGGCGUCAUUGACAGCCUGCCGGGGGACAGGUGAAGGAAAGGAGGGGAAAAGGAGAAGGAGAAACGUAAAGGAGAUUCCUGCCCGCGUCCUGUCCACCUACUUUCACACCUCCUCAUUACUUCUCCUCCUCGGCACCCUCCUCCUCUCCUGCGAUUGCUGUUGGUGCUGCUGCUAAUGGACGCCUCCUUCGAACGACCACAACUAACCAGGCAACUAAACAACCUGACAUGAGUAACUUAGCUGGGAUACCUGACAGGCCAACGUCAGUAACCGCCGUGCGGGCGCCCACGGAAGCAAGCCGCCUGAUUUGAGUUUCGUCGUUUUGAGGGGAAUAUAAGUAAUCCUGUAUCUCUCCUUAAGAAAGCGAGAAGAAACGGAGAGAAGGAAAGGGGUAUAUGUUCGUUGACAGGGUAACGGGAGGAAAGAGCGCAUAGAGAAAGGAGAACAUGAAAAGCGCUGGGCCUCAUGCAAAACUGUCAUCAGCUUUGUCAGUUUCUGAGCCAAAGGUUUCUGUUGCGCAUGGCUUGGCGGUGUGGGGUUUGGGUGGAGGCUAGCUGUGGGCAGUGUCUUGGGAGCUCCCUUGGGGUUUGGCUGUUGAUCUAUUCAGUGUUUCGCACGUAGACGGGACGGCUGCUAGUCCUGCUUGCGUCAACGGCUCCAUAGGCCGCGGAAAACACAGGCAUGCGCCGCUAUGGCUUAUAGCUUUGGUCUUAAAUUCGGUUUCUACAGAUCCCCUCCUAUGAAGUUUCGUUUGCAAGAAGACCAAUGACAAGAAGGGCUUGGGCUGUGCUGGGCGUGCAUUGGGGGGGCCGUGGGUAUCACGAUGUGAUAAUUGUCUGGGAAAGCUGGUGGGUGUGGUUUUGCAGCCCAAAGCGUCGGAUGGGCGAGAGGCGAGCAGUGACUCGGCAAUUAACGCUAAUAUUGCUUGGGAGAGGGAAGAGGGAACAUGCAUGGAACAGGGGAGGAGGUAGCGGUGUGCUGCUUUGGGAGUAUCUGUGGGAAAGGGUUGUUGGGCCGAUGACUGAAGCGGCCUUGCCGGUCCCCUGACCGGCUAGCCAUUUGGAAAGAGGGGUGUCUGUCGCACCAAGCCACUGCAAUUGAUCUCACUUGCACACCCAUGGUAUUGCGUUAAGAGAUGGAUGAGGCUAUUGUGUAUUCCGUUUUAGUUAGCAAAAGAAACGAAGUGCAAUGUGCGCUGGCUAAUUAACGUGACUAAUCAGCCCAAGGGCUCGGCAAUACGGUAGCGAGCUACCAAGUACUAAGCAGCUACUUGGGUAGCAGCCACCACCUUUGUUAUCACACAUAUCGGCGCUAGGUUACGGUUUUAGAUGUUACGCGACUGUCGUUUAUUUACUGCUAUGGUUUGUAGGCGUUUUGGCGUUCACAGUGGAUAAACAUACACGUGCCGCUAUACAGCCAGUAUGUACGUUGGCUCUUGACAAGCCAUGUUUGGUUCUGUGCUCCUUGAGCCGCCAAUUCUCAUUUGUGGAAGGCAUGAGGUAGCGCGAAGGAGGAGAAAGGGGGAAGAUGCAAACAAGUCUGUCUGCGCUUGUUGGCGAGGUGGACGGAUCUAGCCGGAUCUGUUUCCAAUUACACAAAUGAUUGUUUGGCGACCCACGGUUCGUAGCUCCUGACCGUGCUGGGAGAUGGCUGGUGAAGUAACCGUGGGUAAUCUUUGAGGCACAUGUGCCGGUAGGUCGCGGUGCGAGUCGGUUUCCGAGGUUGGGAGGGUGUUUCCAUGCUGUUUGAGACAUUCUAGAUAUUCUUGCGUGAGGAAACGACAUACAAUGGCGGUAGAGAGAGUGAGAGAGGGAGCCUUUCUUAGGGACCGGGGUUUGUGUGUGUUCGGAGUGAUAGUAGUCUAAUCUAGUGUCGCCGUGAUUCAUAUGGACUGUCCGGCAGUCAGAUAAGUGGGACUUAUCGCACGGGCCCAUGGAGGGUUAAUCCUGGGCAUGGCAGGCAGGCAGAAGGCAGUGUUCUAUGACGUUGCCGUUGUCAGCACGCCUCUAGCAGCCCCAGUUGCUCGCAAGUGCUUCAGCUCCGCCUUUCAAACAGGGCACGUUGUUUUUGCUUGCAUGCGUGCUUGUCCUUGCCCGGUUUAGGCCACACCAGGGAGCCGCCGGUUUUUUCGUGUCAGUAGCAGCUCUCUUAUGUAGCCAUGAAGCGAGUUCCUAGCCUCCUUGCUUCCUCCACGUUUUUGUAUGAGGAAUGGGGGUUGAAGGAGCGCUGUGAAUGUGAUAACAUUUUUAACACCGUUGCCGAUGCGAUGGUGUUGGUGCCAAUGCUGCUUGCUUGCUGGGAUGUGCCCGUGUUCGGCGGAGGGGUGCGAGUUGAGGGUAACGUACCGUCAUUCGGGCGCUGCCAGCUUCUGACGCGUCCGGCUGUUCGGGCGUGAGGCAGCCGAACGACGAACGGUGCGAGGAGCAGACACAAGUGGCAGGACUGAAGUUUGGAUGGCCUGGGGUUUCAUUUCUCUGGGUGACUAUUUUGGGCAAUGUAAAGCCUUGUGAACGAAACUUGUGGGGGACGUUUGAUCUGUGGCUGCUUGCUGGUGUUUGCUACUACCCCAUCGCGUCAUCCACGAACUUAAGCAGUUUGGUGGGUGGGUAGGUGCGGACACACGUGGUCACUGUACGCUCCAACUCACGGCCAGUUUUGUGAACACAUAUGAAUGCUCACCCCAUGACGGCCAUGCACUGAACAGGUUGGCAUGCAUGCCGGUUGGUGAGUCGAGUUCCGUUCUUCGGGGGUGUUUUGUGCGUUUGUUUGUUACCGGUAUUUUGGAGUCGCCGUGCCGUAUGCGUCUAUGUAUGGGUGUUGUUGCUGCUGUCGUUUAGUUGGUGUGUUAAUUUUGCUGUGGGUCGUUUAUCCUGGCUUUCGAAUUGACCUUAGGCUUCUGGUUUGUUUGUUGGGGAAUAUUGGGUUGCGGUCAUUCGCCAGAAAGGGCCUCGUCGGGGACCCUCAGGAUGGGGCCCUGUUGCUUGCUUUACAUGCUGCUUUGCCAUGUCGUUGCCCUUAUUCCGCGUUGCUAGCUUUGCUGCUGCCGAGCUCCUGCAGCUAUUCGCGCUGGCGGUGAUAUCUUUCGGUUGCACGUUUACCUCCCAAAAGCGGAAGCAAUCUCCUACUGUGCUAUCACGAUUGCUACUUUUCAUUUUGCUAUCUGAGAAUAUCGCUUCUGAUUGCUGCGUUUGUUGCUACUGCCAAUGCAAAUGAGGCGGGGAUGGCGUUUACUAGCAGGCAAGGACAAAGAAGGAAAAGCGGCAUGAUGUCUGCAUGGUGAUUUUGGGUGGGGGUGUGUGGUCCUUUGCGGGGUGCAUUCUUUGCAUCUGUCUGAGAGUGUGCGGGAUAGUACUGAAUGGAGUCAGGAUCAAAUCUGGUGCUGGUGCUGCGUGCAUGUGGGGAGCCGCAAGCCCCUGCUGUGCUGUGCCCUUGUUAAAAAAGCCCCCACUAUGGAUUUCGCGGGGGGGAGGAGGUCGUACUGCCCCGCAUUUCAGAGGUUGACUCGCUUACACGAUGUCCGAAGGUUCAAUAAAGCGCGGUGCAGCAUUGGAGUUGUGUGGAGGUUCUGGCUGGUUCUGGUGCUGCUACCACCGCUUUCCGUCUUGAGUAUUGUCGACACGAUGCCAAAUUGCGAAUAGCGUAUACUCUCUUUUGGCUUGCCUUUGUGUACAUCCCCCGAUGUCCUAAAAAAGCAUCCAUGGUACUAGGCUUUGCGGUUUGUGAUGGUGGUUAAGGGUGCUGCUGCUCGAGAUGUUGGCCUGCUUUGUUCUUGGGCUUUCACGCUGCGUGCGCGCGUUAUGAGCGACGCCUUAUCAGUUUUACAAAAGCUUCCAGACCCUUCAUAGUGAGAACAAUGUAGGCCGUUAGUUUGUGGUACUAAUAGUAUCAGGCACUUUCGACGUAUACUAUGCGGGGCGUAUGCUUUGAAUAGUAGUAGCGAAGUUAGUCUCUUGGAGGGUACUAGUAUUAGAGCAAGGGUCUUUCCGUUUAGAUGGUAUGCGGCCUACCAGCUGCAGCUGCAGUAAUAGCACCGGCUUUCCACCUGGCCGCCGUUUCGUGCACGUGCACCGCAUGUGCGGGUCCAGUGCGCACGCCUAAGGUGUUAAUACGGGUAGCUUACAUCCUUGCAAUUUUGGUUGGUGCUUGAAGUUGUAAGGUUUUCGCGGGCGUUAGCAUACAUUUGCAUGUACGGCUGCGCAAACGUUUGCGGUUUGGUAAUUAGCAGUUAUGGCACGCUCUUAAGGAGCACAAAGGUGUGGGGCAUCUAGACCGGGUGUUGUGCAAUGCAAUGAGAGAUCCGAAGGCCGCUUCUCCCGCUUUAGCUUAUAGCCUAUUGGGGUUUGCGGCUGUAGCCUGGCUUUCCACUGUGGCUUCUUUUGCAUAGUUGGGUCUGGAUAACUUGGAAAGGGAAAAUUUUAAGGCGUAUAAAUCUGAAGCGUCCAUAGUGUGCGCGGUGUCGGUACACACGUCCUGACCCAGUACGUGUCCGACUCUCAUUUUGAAAGCUGCGCCGGUGCAGAGGUCCGACCCCUGAAGAGGUGAGUUUCAGGGGCGGGGUCCUGGAGAAAAAGUUGGUUUCCGGAUGGAGUUUACCAAAGGUGGCGUGGCACCUAUCGGCUGGCGGCUGAUCUCGCGCAGUAUGGGGUCUGCUGGGAAGGAGAGUUGACUGUUUGCUUGCUGUGUGAGGAUUUCCUAUCAAGGAGGCUUUUCGUCUGGCCUCCGUAACUGUGUAAGCCUGUGAACAUGCCAUUUUACGACAUUUUAGCUCUUGGGCGUAGGUAAGGGGAAGACUUGGCUUCGCAUUGCGUGCUGUUGACCUGCGUUGCGUUUUGAGAUUGGGGUUAGGUAGCUGAAAAACCUGCAGUGUGAUCUGCGGCAAUGUCUUUUUGUGGGUGUCGUGGAUGGGCGUGCGUGGGAGCUGUUUUUCGGCGUUUUAUAUCUCGGUUCAGCAUUCCGUUAUAGUGUUUCCUUUCCUGCGCAGUUACACCGUUCUUGUUUCAGGCAGAUGUGUUGUACAAGGCCGACGGUCGGUUACCCUGACCACAACCAGGCUACCAAAGAACGUGAUGCAGCUAAUAAAACCGGUAUUUCCGGUGGGUUCGGUGGCUGGGCUGGAAAUCUUGGAAUCUCAUUGCCACUUAUAUAUAGCUGACUGACUAACACAGUUGACUGAGGCAAGAAGGUGUUGAACGCGUUCCCAUUCCCAUCAUGUUCCGUUCCUAGUGAUCCAUUUCGGCAGGCCCCGGCUUACGGGAUGCGGCAUUUUAGCUGUUUCUGAUCGAAGCUGGUAUAACAGCAGAGGCUGCACUUCACAUUUGAGGAAAACGCGCACUGUGAAUCAUACGAUAAGAACUGCGACCAACGAAGGCUUGAUUUGGGCAUAUGCUGUUGCAUGCUUCGAAGUAUCGCGGCGGGUUCUGAAGAUGUUGAGGUUGAAGAAAGGGGUGUGCCGUAGUCCUUUGUUUGCCUUCAUGGGGGGCGGUUUUGCUGCGGAGCCACUGCAAACUGUAGCUCUGCAUCCGCGUUGUGAUGCAAAACUACUGCUGCAUCAAAUUCACAUCAAUCCAUGUCAUACGUCAUCAUUAAAGAUGGAUGCCCCUCUAUGUGAGUGUCACCUGCGCACUCGCUUCGUUGGCGGCCUCUCUGCUUAAGACUCCGUGCGUUUAUUAUUCGUGCUGCAAUUAGCACGAGCCUUAAUCAUCUUCUUAGUUUAGGUCAAGUCACCGGUUGUGGUGGUUUGGUGGCUUGUGGAAGGGGUUAAUAAGCAACCCAACGGAGUUGUGUCUGUGUCACAUUGCUCGUGAGAGUCAUACCUUGCAGUCUCUUAUUACUACGAUUUGCGCAGUCUCUUGCUGCUAUGUAGGUAUGUUUGCUGCAUGCGCAGUGUGUCGGUUGGCACCUGAACGCUCAUGGGCCGUAUCUAGGGGCUUAUUUGUUACUGAGGAGUGGGUGUUUCAUGGCAAAGAUGGUUCGUUGAGAGGACACCCAACGCCUUACCCCGCCUUUGGGUUAUCAUGGCGGUGGUGCCGAUGUUUCCUCUUGUGGUGCUAUAUGCCUCGCGCUCGAGCUAAUGGGAAUCCGAAAGUUAUGCAUGCCUUGUCGUUAUACAAGUUAGGGGCGAGUGACUGUGCUUGCGGCAGCCUCUUCUGCGCCCCUGGGGGUUUUGAGGUGUGAUGAGGACCGAUGUCGUGUUGAAGGUUGUGUACGUAGAGUACGGCAAACUACGGGUGAGGCGAUAUCUACCGAGGAUAUGGAGGAACUUGCAUCUGUACUUCUGUAAGCAUACGGCAUUUGCUGAAACUACUCUCAGGCGCGUUAUCUGCUUGUGACUCCUGGAAAAGUGCACUGGCUCAGCAGUUUAUCUUGAGCUGAGGCUCCCAGGUCAAACAGACUAAUAACACAGAAGGGGCCAUUUUGCACGCUCCGCCCGCAGGGUGUGGGCCGGGUCUACUGGGUCUAAAGGCGGUCUACUCGACCUGCCGUACAACGUGGUUGCAUAUGCAGCGGUGCUGCAACAUACACAAUACUGCGUUUCGCAUUAAGCUUUCACAGGAGGCGCUUAUAGACGUCUGCAUAAAACAUCUGCUGCAACUGAAAUACUUAGCCCUGCUACCUACAGCUAUCCUGCUCAUGACGUGCAGCAUGUUGCAAAAUCUCUCAAGCUAAUUAACAGGAAGCAGCUAGCACGCAGUAUCCUUAUGUCUACCAACAGUUGAAUCUGCGGGCACGGAAAUUGUGCUUUACACAUCCUGGCUUUGACUUUACCUGUGCCGCCACGACUUCACAGUAACCAUGGGUCAAGCGGCAUCGGAAUUGCAACAUGUAGCAAACCAGCUGCAGGGCAUGGGCCCAGAUGAGAAGAAGUUUAUCCAGGCCGUGUUCGAGGCCAAGGUGGAGGAAUCAAAAGCAGCUUUGUUGGAAAAUCCGAACGUCAUCUUUGCGCGGACCCGAGACUGGUACAACGCAUGGCAUUUAGCGGCGAGAGCAGGGAACAUGGAGAUGUUAGAGAUGUUAGGUCAGCACGGCAAGAAGGGCAGUGCAACACGCAAGCCCAUUCCGGGAGAGCCGCCGCCGUACAGCGCUAAAUCCAAGAAGGGCCAGACGCCGCUCAUGCUGGCGUGCGAGGAGGGGCAUAUUGAGGCCGCGGAGUCGCUGCUGAAUCACGGCGCGGAUGUGCUGGACAUCGACACGUACGGCAACACGUGCGUGCAUUACGCGGCGUACAAGGGACACACCAAGGUCUUGGAAAUGCUGCUGUCACAACCCGAUGCCAGCGGUCAUGGAGACAAGGCCAAACGGUACACAGACCUGCGAAACGAGGCGGGCCUUAUGCCGCUUCACUUUGCGGUGUGGGCGGGGCACCGGCACACGGCGGCAGCGCUGGUGGAGGCAAAGUGCCGCCUCAACGCCACUAGCCACUCGGACAGUUUGGGUCUGGUGACGUGCAACGCCGGCUCCACUGCUCUGCACCUGGCGGCCAUGAGGGGCAGCCUGGAGAUGGCGACAUUCCUGUUGGAGACGUGGGCCACGAUGAACGCACAGCCUCAGCGCAAGAAGGAGGUCAAGGACCCGCGCUCCCUCACAGACCACUACGGCUUCACGCCGCUGCAGAUCGCCCAGAACCUGCUGAUUGGGAGCUCGCGCGUCCGGAGCAGCGGCACCUCCUCGCAGACCACGGCCACGGCGCUUCUGCGGCUCCUGGACCCCCUCACGCGCGUGGAGGCCCCUCCGCGGGACGAACCAGCAGACCAGCGGGCAGCUGGGGGGGCUGCUUCUGCUGCCGCCCCAACAACAACGGCGGCAGCAGACGGCUCCGGGCAGCAGGCGUCGCAUUCCGCUCAAGGGCAGUCUGCUAACGGCAGCGGAGGUGCUGACGUGGUGCUGACGGCGCCGCGGCCUGCGCGGCUGUCGUACGACGGCGGAGCGGGAGGAGAUGCGGGUGGAGGGGCUGAGGGCGGCGCCAGCGGCGCCGGCGCGGGCGGCGCUGGUGGGGAGGAUGGUGGUGAUGGAGGAGGAGAGGAUGGCGCUGCGGGGCAGUCGCUUGGUGCGGAGCUCAGGGCUAGGCGGAAAGCGGAGGAAGAGGAAGCGGCGGCGACUCGACGCGCGGAAGACGACAGGGUGGCGGCUGAGAAGGCGGCGAAGGAGCGAGCGGCGGCAGCGGAGGAGGCUGGAUUGCCACCACCCAAGUACGUCUGCCCUAUCACGCUUUCCGUCAUGGACGACCCGGUCACGGCGGCUGACGGUGUCAACUACGAGCGGAGUGCGCUGGAGAUGUGGCUUGAGCUGGGCAACUCGGAGUUCCCGGGCAGCGGUGUGCGCAUCGCCAGCCGCGACGUGACACCCAACCCGGAGCUGAAGGCGGAGAUUGCUAAGUGGCGGGCGUUCAAGUUGUGACGAGGGAGAAUGCAGGAGAGGGAGGGAGGGCACUGUGGUGGAAGAUGCGGGGCGGUGGUGCGGGAAACGAAGGGAAGUAGAAGGAAACGGGUUGUAAAGGGACGGCGGAAAAUGAGGACGAGGAGGAGGAGGAGGAAGGGGGUAAGUGGGUGGGUGUGGUGUGGGUGCGGUGAUGAUGCGCGGUGUGGAUUUGCGACGAGGUUAGGGUAAGUCGUGCCCGUGUGUUUAUAAACUAGGUUUGUGAGGGGCUGCAACAAGUAACUAUCUGUUGCAGCUGAUGGGGAAGAGGGGAGAGAGCCAACACGAUCUGGUUAGGGUGCUCAAUUGCGAUGUUACCAGAAACAUGGUACACCCAUCUCGCCGAUGACGCCGAGAUUUACCCGUUCAAAGCAAAGAAACUUAUAUGCAUAUGUAUAUACACUAGCUUAUAAGUUUCUUUGAUGAACGAUGCUAGUGGGAGCAUGGGAAUGCCCUGGCCACAAUAGGCGCUCAUGAACAGCGCGGUCCCGCUUCCAGAGACAUGGCUAAACGCGUGUGUCAUCCUUUAUUACAACCUGUACAUACCCUUUGAACUGGGGUGCGGGCAAAAAACACUUCAGUUAAAAAGUUAGGAGGGGACCCUAGCAGCAGCAGGCUCCUAGACAGUUAAUGGUUAUCCCUCUACACCCUCCGUUGGGUGCCCGCGAAGGUAGGGAAUACAGAGGGAUUG